GCUGAUAGCAUGCCGUACGUUGUAUAAAACAUUUCUGGUUUCCCACUCCCCAGCGCUUAUAUAUAGAAAUUCACAAUUUGGGAAAUCAGCUGAGUGGUGAGGCAAGCGUUGUAUGAACUUGUAACUUUGUAAACACAUUUUUCCGAACAAAAUGAACUUAAAGGGUCCACCUGAAACCAAACUUGUCGUAGAAACAUCGAUAGAAUCGCCGGAAUAUGACGGGAUCUUGUUAGUGGCUGCACCGGAUCAAAAAGUGAAGAAUUCGAAGUUGAAUUCUCUUGUUCAAGAUGCUCUAAGUUUCGACCAAUCCCUCAAGACAGAAAUCGGCGUUUUACAGACAGAUUUACCGGCGAGACGAGUGGUUUAUUCUCCUACUGGUCCAAUCGAUACGGACUACGAUGAUGUGAGAAUUUUCAAAAACAGUGCUGCGGCGGGUGUUAAGAGGGCGCUAAAGGCUGGUGUUAAAAAGUUGUUGGUGGUCCUUGAGGAAUAUCCCGCAUUUGAAAGUACCGAGUUGGUUACGCUUUUGGGAGUAUUGGAUGCCUUAUAUACGCCUAUUCAAGUCAGAGAACAUGAUCCUUCAAAAACGAACAAAGUCGAUCUCGUCGGAGUAUACACCGAAAAUCCAGACAAAACCAAAGCAAUUGUUGGGCAGGCCCAAGUACUGGAAAUUAGCAGACGUGUGGCAUGCGACAUUGGUGAUUCCGAUCCGGAACGAAUGACUCCAGCCAGAGCAGAAGAGUAUGUAAGGAAUCUAUUCCAGGGAACCAGCAUCAAAUUAAGCGUAGUAAGUGAUGAAGAAGAAUUCAAUAAAGGAUAUCCAUUGUUUGCAGCUGUUAACAGAGCAGCUAGCCUUAAUGCCAGGCAUAGGGGAAGAAUUAUUUAUUUGGAAUACAAUCCACCACAGGCUGUUAAGGAAACGUUAUUUAUUGUAGGAAAAGGAGUAACAAUGGAUACUGGUGGUAUAGACGUCAAAAUCGGCGGAGCUAUGAUGGGAAUGUCACGUGAUAAGUGUGGAGCAGCUGCAGCAGCUGGUUUUAUGACAGUCGUGAAUCUUCUUCAGCCCAAACAUCUUAAAGUGGUUGCUGCAAUGAGUAUGGUACGGAAUAGUAUAGGAUCUAAUGGAUAUACCAGUGACGAAGUUAUCACUGCCAGAUCGGGGGCCAGAGUCCGAAUCAUAAACACAGAUGCUGAAGGUAGAAUGAUAAUGGCUGACGUAUUGUGCAAGUUGAAGGAAGAUGCAGUCAAUGCAGUAAAUCCUCAUCUAUACACCAUAGCCACCUUGACUGGACACGCUCAUAGAACUGUUGGCGAAGGUUACUCAAUUGCUAUGGACAAUGGGCCAGCGAAAAAAACACAGAAUGCAGAAAAGUUGCAAGCUGCUGGAGACAAGAUCGGAGACAUGUUUGAAAUUUCCAGAAUUCGUCGAGAUGAUUUUAAGCAUCACAAAGGAGAAUGCGAAGGAGACGAUUUGAUCCAAAGUGCUGCAAAACCAUCGACGCUGGUUUCGAGAGGACAUCAAGGUCCUGGAGCAUUUCUCAUGGUGGCUUCGGGUUUGGACAAGCAUGGCUCAGCAAGUGAUGUGCCUCUAAGGUACACUCAUCUGGAUAUAGCAGGUUCCGCCGGUACCUUUCCUCUUCCUGGAACAGGUGCUCCAGUACUCGCAUUGGCACAAGCUUAUCUGUUAUAAAUAUCACAAAAUUCUUUAUAUUAUAAUACAUGUUUUUUUUUCUUUUGUAAUGUAAUUUGCGAUAAUUGCCGAUUGGUAUAAUUCCUAAUAAAUAUUCUGAUUUAGA